GUUUGAUUCGGUACGAUUUGGGUACUUGGUGGAAGAAUACGCACGCUGUUGUUUGGUCAAGCGCAGACAUUUUGUGAAUGGGUUGUUGUGGGCGCCAUGUUUAUGUGAAGGAAUAUAAACCUCCGAAAAUAAUUCCUUUUCUUGUUAUUUCACCCUCCGUCUCCAAAAUUUCACCAAGAAAAGUCAGCCGACGGGACACUGACAAAGCGGGGGUAUCAAACUGUGUUACAGUUUUAUAACAUCAACGUCAGUGAUUGUUAGACUGGAAAAGUCUGUGUUACUGUCUCUAAAGUAACCGUGAGUUUUACAAACUAAUACUGUAAUCCUUCAUCAUCUCUCACAGUCCAACGUCUCCUUUUGAGUGACUGAAUUCAACUCACUCUUGUUUCGGGAACAGUGCAGUUUCGCAUCAAACCAUCAUGGCUUUUGCAAGCCUUUUUUCCAAUCCCCCAAACCCAGUUCUUGACAAAAACAUGACAGGCUCUGAACUUGCGAGGGACGAAAGGGAAGACUGUGAGCUUGAAGAUGGAGAAAUAGAUGAUGAAGGGAUUGGAAUUGAAGAUGAGGGGAAAGAAUUGAAAGAAGAAGAUAAAGACAAAGAUGAGAAGCCUCACAGAAAGUCUAUAAAGAAACACAGAAAAGAUAGGGGCAAGAGAAAAGCCAAGAAAAGGAGACGGGACAGGCACAAACAUCAUUCCCCCUCAAGUGGUGAUAGUUCAGACUACAGCUAUGAAUCUGAUUUUGAAUACUCUGAACAACAGCGUAAAAAACUCUGUCCAGCAUUUAGAGAUUACGACACUCCAUCCACACAGCAUGGCCAGUCCAGUGGAGAUUACAUGAAGUCUCAAAAGCCAGCACACAAUAAAAAUAACGAGUUUGAUACAUUCAGCGACUACAGUGAAGAGAAAUAUGAUUAUGGAGAGGAUGAUGAUUUUGGUGAUGAGCUGAACCAGUACAGACAUGCUAAAGAAACCACAGCGUCUGGACCUGACAAAGUGCCACCAAUGGGACAGAUAAAAAAGCAAAACAUGAAGGGUGUAGAAAAAGGUGCUAGACAGAAGGGGAAAGGUCGAGGUGUGGGUCGUGGACGUGGCAUGCAGAAAAACAAGAAACAAAAAGGAAAAAACUGGGGGAGGGGGCGAGGGAGAGGUGCAGAUCAAGGCCAAGAUGGUUUUGAAGAGGAUGGAAAAAACCCAGUAAAUGCCCAGAAAAAGCGCCCAAUUAUGAGCCAAGAGUUCAUUAACCAACAUACGGUUCAACACAAUGGAAGAUAUAUUUGCAAGUAUUUUCUGGAGGGUCGCUGUAUUAAGGGGGACCAGUGUAAAUUUGAACAUGAUCUAGUUGUACCUGAGAAAAAGAAGGAGAUGUGCAAGUUCUACAUUCAAGGUUUCUGUAGUAAAGGGGAGAACUGCAUUUAUAUGCACAAUGAAUAUCCAUGCAAGUUCUUUCACACAGGGGCAAAAUGCUACCAAGGGGAUAACUGCAAGUUUUCCCAUGAACCCCUUACAGAUGUUACAAGAGAGCUCCUGGAAAAGGUUUUAAAUACUGAGGAAGAAACAAUGAAUGAAGAUAAAAUGGAGCUCGAAGACCUGCGGAAGCAGGGAAUAGUUCCCCUUCCAAAACCACCCCCAGGAGUGGGACUUCUGCCAACCCCUGGGCCGGUUGGUUGUCCACAGGAAGGCAGUCCUUGUCAAGGGGUGCAGAAGAAAAUCCCUUCACUGUUUGAAAUUGUCGUAAAGCCGACUGUGGAUUUGGCACAAAAAAUAGGACUCAGGCCCAACUUUUACAACAGUUCAUCACCACCAGGCCCACAGUUCCAUGGAAAUGCUCCACCUCCUGAGCAGAUGUUUGGUGGAGGACAAGAUGAUAUGCCACCUGGACCCAAUGGACCUCCAGUCCCUCCAGGAUCUCCAGGGUCUUUUAGGCAGCCCCAUCACAGUGGUCCACCAGGAGUAUAUUGUCCACCAAUGCCUCAAAUUCCACCUGGUCAACCCAUGCCGUGUGGUUUUCCAGGGCCACAUAAUCUUCCACCAAUGCAUUCACAGUCAACAGGUGCACCUUUAGUUCAACCAGUAUUCUCUGGAUUUCAAGGGAAUGCCCAAGGAAACAGACUGAGAGAAAAUCCCCAACAAACCUUGCUCCCAGCACCAGGUCAGGCCUAUCAGCAGAUGCCAGCAGACCAACAGAUGCAACAGAACAUUACCUAUCAAGCAAUACAAAAUCCUGCAGAUUUCUUUAACAACUAUUAUUCAAAUCAAGCUGUACACAGUUUGGAACCUACAGAAUUCACAGAAGAGGAAGCACUUACCAUGGACAAACUGGCUUACAGCUCAAUGCAAGACUCUCAACAGAGUGGUACUGAAUCAGACAGCAGCAGCAGCCAGAAACCUACAGUUCAUGUCCCGGACUUCCUUCCUGCCAUGCAAAAAGCUCUGUUCCUCAGACUAAGUCAAAAACAGCACGGGGAUGAGCACCAUAAAAAGGAAAACCGAGCUCAGGAAAUGGUCAGAAAAGAAAAAGAUGAAACAGUGAAUUGGUAUUCCAGUGAUGAUGAGGAAGAUGGCAGUAGUGUGACAGCUAUCCUUAAAACACUUAAAAAACAAAGUGAUAUUCUGAAAAAUCAGCAACAGUCAGUGACAACACAGCAGAGUAUUUGUGACCCACGACUUCAGAAGGAAAAGAAUGCACCCUCUGAUCCACGGAUGAAGUGUGACCCAAGGCACAGUGCUUCAAGAGAGAUGAGAAAGUCCACAGACUCUGUCUCCUCCGAUCCAAGGCUUAUCCGAGACCCUAGAAAGAUAAAGCCUCAAGGCAGUCCAAGAAAUCACUCUCACUCUCACAUCAAGCAGCCAGUAGGAGAAGAUGAUGAAGAUGGUGAAAGAGAACUUAGAGAAAAGGCUGCAAAUAUUCCUCUGGAACCCGUGCCUGGUGUUGCUCUGAGAGAUCCUAGAUGCCAGCUAAAACAGUUCAGUCACAUAAAAGUGGACAUUAUCUUUUCUAAACCAGUGUUUGCAAAGCAUGUUGUAUGGGCCCCUGAAGAUCUAAUACCUCUUCCCUUACCCAAACAAGAACACUCAAUCAACUUGCCUCUUCCUCCACUUAUUGCUGAAGCAAGGCUGAACAAAUGCCACGAUGUUUUAAAUGACAGUAAUCAAAAUGUCAUGGCCUUAGACCCCCGUAGGGCAAAGGAUAUAAAAACUAAAGUUUAUGGGCAUAUAAACAAACCCCCAGACGCAAAGGCUUCUCCUGAUAAACCAAUGGAUCCUCGACUCCACAAGGCAGUUGAUCCUAGGCUGCACAGAUCCUCUAGCAUGGACUUGCAGCAUUGUGCCACAAAGGAUUCUCAUCUUGGAUCAACUGAUCCAUGCAUUUCUAGGGGAAAUGUUGUAUCAUUGCAGAGUUCAGCGACUGCUCCUGCUAAUUUAGAACAGAAUAAACUACCCCUAUAUGCUCCUAAAUUGUCAUCCACUGGUGGGGGACUUGAGAGCCCAAAUACGCUGCUCGGUGGAAUCAGCUUGUAUGACCCUCGAAACCAAAAUCAGUUGUCUUCAAAGGAAGAGGAAGAGCAUCCUAAAAAAUUAACCACAAUGAAACAUCCCAGUAAAGAAGAAUAUGUACAGUCAUUAGCAGUGUCCAAUGUGGUAUCGGCUCCAGAAAGCUUGAGUGUGGACUGUUCUUUGGAUGCUCCUGCAGAUAAAUAUAAUAGUUAUAACAAGCAUCGAACAACACCAAGGGCAGCAAACUCUCCUUCUGCUUCCGCUGUACACAAUCUGCCCAUCGCAGCUUUAGCUGGGUUAAUACGACCUCCAUACACUGACCCGAGACAAACUAGGCAAACUGGACAAGCAAGUCAGCUGCAGGAAAGUGAUUCGAAUGGACAGCCAGAUGACAAACCUCUGAAAGACAUGUUCAAGACUUUCGACCCGACAGCGUCUCCUUUUUGUUAAUAAGCACUCUAAAAAAAGUGUAAAUACAGUACAUCAAACUGUGUAACUUUCGGCUCCCAUGAGAUUUAUUUAUUGUUUUUGGAAAACACUUGUUGCUAAUAUUACACACUGUAGUUUUGACUUUAUCUGUUUGAUACUGUAUGUCUCUAGCUCUAGAGCUGCACAGAAAACUUUUAUUUUAAAUCUACAUGAAUAGUCUAAGGAGUCUAUGUACUAAUAUUACUUACAUGUUCGUAAAUACUGUGAAUUUGUGGCCUCCGUUCUUUGUAGAAUUUUUGUGAUCGAUGUACUAAACAGCACUAUUUCAUGAACAACUACCGUAACAUCACCGCAAGUUUAUAAACAGCAUAAAUUACUGCUCAUUAAACAUAGAGAUCGGAAUUUGCAUCUCAUUAUAAUAGAUUUGCAACGGCAGAAGUCAAGAUUCAGAACUUCCUUCUGGCAAAGAUAAAUGAGUGGUAUAGUGAACAGAAAGAAGUAGUAGCAAAUAUAGUAGGAUGGAACUAUGGCUUCUGCAGACUCCAACCUUGAUGCAAUUAUGGCACCAGCCAAAAAGAAAAGGAAAAUAAAUUUCCACAAAGACGAAAUUGUCCGGUUAGUUAGUGAAAUGGAAAAAAAUAAAAAAUAUUAUUUAACACUUCGCAGGGCCAAAAAAACAUUAAGAAACGAAAUAUAACUAAAAAAAUUAAUUCACUGGGACACUGUAAGCGACAGACACUUGACAUAAAAAAAAAAAAUGCCAUGACCUUCUUACAAAAAAGAAAGCAGCAGAAAAAACAAACAGGACAAACGGAAUGUGAUGUGUUGAAUGUAGCGCAGACCCUGGGCACAGCAAUAACAAACCAAAAAAAGAAAGGAUCCCCAAAAACAGAAAUCAUAAAGAAAACUAAGCUUGUUUCUAUAUAUGGAAGUUUACCAUGGAAAAUGUGCACAGUGUUUUUCUCCAGUUUACCAUGUUUGUACUCGUCUGUACCCUAACUAUGCUUUUCAGUACUUUAAUUUAAGAAUAUCACAGAAAACCUUUGUCUAUGUAUAUUUUAGUUGUGUAAAGGAAAAAGUGGACAUAGAGUACAUAGAGUAGGUUACGCAAGUAAAUACUUUUCGUCUUAUUUCAGUUGUCUAUGCACUACAUAAUUAAUUACUGAGAAGAAAAGAUUUCAGUUUGUGUUUAAUUAAAUAACUCAACGCAAUGAUUUGUUUCCGUGUUUCUCUUCCGUUAUUAAUGUGAAGUUUAAAAUAAAGCUCCUUAAAAUAUAAUAGAAAGCAAAACACAAUGUAUUUAUAGUUAUUUAAUAUAGACUAUUAAUAAAUAUAUUUUUGUUCGUAUAUUUUAUGGUGGUGCAUUUUAAAGUAACUAAAAGUCAGUUUAAACAGGUUUCACAUGUGAACAGCUGGUUGAAUCUGCGCCAGUGAGAGGAAUGCGUAGAAUAACAGGCACAAACCGAAGUCGUCAAUCAGUUAAAAAUGAUAAUACAGCAAGGGUAAGCGCGAACCUUCGAUAUUGUAAUGAGAUUCGUACAUUUGCAUACGAAUUUACUUUAAUACAUCGCGAGUAGGUCUACGAAGUCACAAUAACCUGUCAAAAGUCAAGAUACAAAAGAAAACUCAAGAGCCCUAUAUGUGUAAAUUCACAUAGAUGUAUAGUGUAUGUGAUGGAUCCAGUAAAAUUUAUUUUGUCAGUAACUGUAUCAAAGAUAAAUGUAUUCUAAUGAAGUAUUAUGUUUUUAAAUAAUCCUGUUUUUGUUAAAAACAGUAAUCUAAAAAUGUGAACUGCCACUUUUAUAUAACUGUAAGGUAUUUAGUAAAUAUGUAGGCAUGCUGCCAUAUACAGUAGUCUCCACGUAUAGGAACACCUCCUAAGAGAACAUUUCGCCAAGAGAACACCCUUGUGGCGAAACAGAUUUUUCCCAUUGUAAAUGCUCCGGCUAAAGGAACAGGAAUUUUGCUUAAAAUAACACCCUUUUGGCACUGCUGGCAAUUACUUCACAACUGAUACAGUACUGUUUUGCAACCUGAAAACUUGUCAUUAUCAAACUUUUAUUAAAUAUUUUCAAAUGGGGCUUGUCAUUGCGAGAGUGUCUUGAGGCACACUGAUUGGUUUAUUAAUUAUUUCCAGAACCGUCGUCAUAUUAAUGCCUUGUUUGUAUUCUGAUUUCCAAGAGUGUAUCUCUUCGCUAUAAAAUGGCAUGUAAACAAACAGCAAAAUGCACUGCUGUUUCUCUUGCUAUAAAAAAUUUGGAAAUUAUUCAAGCUCCUGAAAAAAACCUGAAUCAAAACCUGAGCAAUCUGGUGUUUUCCGUCCUGGUGAGUUGCUUCACCAUUUUGUUAAAUAAUAAUGUCUUGAGUAUUGCUCCUGUAUAGGUAUUCAUAAUUAAUCGAGAGCUGCAGCUGCAUUUUUUACCAUGUGUA